AUGAAGUCACUGAAAUCGAUCGUUUACGUUGGUCCUGUAACCGCACUGAGAAUUUAUCAAGGAUACAUCUUGUCAGGUGAGGGACCUUAUUUACAUAUAUAUCUUUUGAAUGGCAAAGAACUGUUGACUCAAAACGUUCUUCACUGGUGUAACAUACACGGUAUACAAGCAGGCACUGAUGCAAUGUUUGCAGUACACGGGCAGAAGGCAUUGCGUAUAGUUAAGUUUGAUACAGAAUCAAACAGAAUUGCCAUGGAAACUGACAUAACAGAAUUUGAAGAUUGGAUUAAAGAUGUUAAAUGGUUGGAGGGAGUGAUAUUCUCCAUUAAUUAUAAACACUCUAAACUGUGCUCAGUGUCCGAUGAUAGGAGUAUUCGUUUGUGGCAAAUGGAUGACUUGGUACACCUCAGUGAACUACCUUCCACCCCCAUAAUGGUGUUGUAUGGUCACAGUGCUAGGGUCUGGGAUGCUGUGAUGAUGGAUGAAUCCAUUGUCAGUAUAGGGGAGGGAAGCAGUAUCUGGAGCCUGGCUACCAGUGAGAAGCACCAGUUAGUGGUGAGAGCAAUAUUUAUACAGAAAUCAAAAUCUAUGAUGGGAAAGUGUUUAGUAUUUGCUGGCCUUCUGAUAAUGAUGUUAUCACAACAGGACCCGAUGGAUGCAUGGUUUGGUGGAAGAUCUCCACCACAGAUACAGGUAUAUGUCUUCAUCGACAUCAGUGUUAUGUGUUACCUUAUGCCAGACAACGCUGGGCAACUGCUGCCAGUUAUCUUACCACAAAACAAAGGUAUUGUUCUUGGAGACAGACGAGGAACUGUGCACCUCUAUCCCACACAAGGUUCAGAUAAUGCUGAAAAGGGUACUGGUCCUCUUCAGAGUCUGGUAUCUAUUCAUGGUAAGGGUGGGGUAACAGAUGUAUGUAGCCAUGGUGAUUUUAUCUACACUGCUGGUAGAGAUGGUAAAUACAAACAGCACAGAUUCCAAAAUGGCCUCCUUCAGUUAUUGAACUCUUCAAAGGUUUACAAGGGUUUUGAAUGGGUUGAGAAAAUGACAUUCAAAGACAAUGGCUCAUUAGAAAUCCAAGGAUUCCAUGCUGCUCAUUUUAUUUUAUGGAACGUCCAGCACAAUGAGAAGUUAUUGGAGGUGGAGUGCGGUGGUGGACAUAGAUCAUAUGGAUUUGCAUAUGUCCUGAAUAGUGCUGUAUUUGUUUAUCUCAAAGCACGGAAUGUUAUAAUAUGUCAAACACCUGUUGAUACUGUGGAAUCACAAAGAGUAGUUAAGCACAGUUUGCACUGGAAAGAGAUUACUUGUGCAUGCCACUUAGGUACUAUAGGUGAGGUCAAAGAUUCGGUAAGACAACAUCAUGUUAUUGCAAGUGGCAGUGAAGACACCACGAUAAACAUAUUAGCUAUUUCUGAAAUUAACAAACUCAAUCAAGUCAAGGUGCUUAAAAAUUUGCACUCUCAUAUUUCAAGUGUGAGAGCCCUCUAUGCAAUUACACUUCCCUCUAGUGGUCAGAACCUACAAGCAGAAUGCUGCAAGCUGUUAUUCUCUGCAGGGGGCAGGGCAGCAUUGAAAUGUUGGAAGGUAGCAGUGAAACAAUCCACUAGUUUCAGAGGGAUUGAAGAGGCAGAAGAAACUGUAACUCUGCAAUGUGAUGUGGAACUUCUUGGAGUGCACGGAACCACAGACGGCCGCGGACGGCGCAGAGCUAAGAGAUCUGAUGACAUGGACGAAGAUAGCGACACAAGACACAUGUCAUUAACUGCAUGGAAUGGACAGCAGGACGAAAUCUAUUAUCUAGCAGUGGCUAGUUCAGAUGCAAUUCUUCGAUUGUUUUCAUUUGACCUAUUGUCUAGACAGUUCACGUUGCUAGGAGACAGUUGCUGGCAUGACCACUGUAUCCUUGUGACAAAGCAUCUUUAUUUGACUCCAGACAAUCCUGCACACUGUUGUGCUCCCACCAUCUUCACUGGUGCCACUGAUGGUAUUAUUGCAUUCUGGGAUGUGGAGGCAGUCGUCCAGGAACUUGGUAAACAAAAGCACACUUUGAAAAACAGUUCAGAUGAUGAUGUUGCCAUGGAAACUGAUGCAACAGUCAGCUCAAAAGAUGUGGCUGGGAAAAGGUGUGAUUGUAUCAGGGAUGAACAAUUGAGGUCUGAUCUAUCAUCUGACAAGAGGACUUCCUGUAAUAAAACUACAUUGUCGUCGCCCAUUUCAUUUUGGACAUCACACCAAUCUGGAGUCAACUCACUUGCUGUACUUCAAGUGAAAGAUGACAUAUUUGUGAUAGCAAGUGGUGGGGAUGACAAUGGAGUCAGUUUACUUCUCAUUCAUGUUGAUGAUUCUAACUUUAGUAUCUCUGUAAUUGACAUGUUUAAAAUACCCAGUGCACAUGCUGCACAGGUUACAGGUGCAGAAUGGUUGGAUAGCAGUACCCUAGUUACUGUAUCUAUUGAUCAAAGACUUUGUACAUGGAAAGUGACGCUGGAUCACAGCAGUAUACAACAGGUGGAUUUACAGUUCUCAAAAUUUGUCAGUGUUGCUGACCUUUCAUGCAUGGAAUUCUGGGUAAACAGGCAAGGCAAGCAGUAUUAUCUGUUGAGUGGUGUUGGUUUUCAGUUAUUUCAAAACGAUGGGACAUAG